CAAAUCAUUCACACGAAGUAUCGAUCAGUCGUCACUUCACCCUAUCCGCCGUCUGCGUUUGCUUAUUUGCUCGCGAGAUGCUUACUCUCGAUCUCCGAUCUGCUUGAUCGUGCUGUCGCACCAGCCGCCGAACACGGCCGAGAAGGUCGACUCCGUCGUCUGUCAGGACCGUCCCGUUCGACUUCUUCCAGGAACGAGCCCUCUGGGUGAAGAAGCUAUUGCUCUCCGGCUGGCGGCGCGCUGCAAGGUCGCAAUCGGGCCGUUUGCCCCAUCGUUCGUCUUGGGUGUGCGGUCCGCAAUCCAAGCUUGACAUCCGAGGCUGCAGACUGCAGGGACUUCUUGGGCAAAUCUCUUCACCGGUAGGGUUUGGUGCGAAGAGAUUGAUAGGCCACGGCGCGGCUUCCCGCCUUACCUGACGCUCUAUAAGACCUGCAAUCCAGAGGACCACGGCUCCAGAACCGGGUACAUGAUGAGGUUCAACUACUUGUCCUGAUACCACAAUACUCUGCUCCGGCGUAAGCAUCAUCAAUCCUUUCAAAUGCGGAAAGCUACGAAGUCGAGGAAAGGCAGGCUAAAAGAGAAGAGAAAGGAACGAGAGAACAGCGUGCCCAUCAGAUCUGCUCGCAUCCUGCUGCUUUUGGGCCUGGAUUCCGUUGAUGCAAAGAUUCCUGCUCAGCUGGGAAAGACCAGCCGCUAGUGAACAAAUCCCUCUCUGAUUUCCGCUGAAUUCUUCUAGUAUACGAGAGACACAAAGGAACGGAAAGGAAAGGAGAAAAAGAAAUAUGGUCAAUCAACACGGCAAGCAGGUCACCACCAGUCUCUGAUUGGUGGUCGAGCGGGGCCCAAAGGAGCAUCAUUUGGCGGCUGGAGCUCGCCUGUAUCACCCAGACAGGGAACGCGAUGUUCUCUCACACACCUGAGCCCGUUCCUCCGUUGGAUGGUCCGCGAUGGUCAUUGCCUGUCUCGGGCCCAACCACGCAUUUCCCAGUAACAACGGGGGCCGUCAUGGGGCUACGGCAGGCUAAUUUGAAUAGAAUUCGACAUCAUGGCGCACGCGGGCAGACACCUGAAUCCGAAUCGAUCGCCCAGCGCUCGCUUUGCUUUGCAAAGCCUGCUGUAGCGCCCGCUUCGGUGACUUUUUCUCUGCUUUCAAAUUUUUAUUCCGCUCUAGCUUUAUGCAUCCAUUCACAUACACCAUAUGUAGAAAUUUGGAACUCAUUAACGCAUAUAGAGUCGAAGGGACAACAGAACACCAUGCUUUUCCCACCUUUGACCCUUUACAUCGCCAUUAUUUCAAACACUGUAUCACCCGGCAAAACGAAACAAAAGCAGCGGCAGAGGAGAAGUCCUCACUCUCUCUCUCUCUCUCGCGCUACAACACCCAGCAAGGCUUAUGAAUGAUGGUCGCGGGAAAGGUGAAGGCCGCCAUGGGGUUCCGUCGCAGCCCCGCCACGCCUAAGAUGGCGACGCCCCGCCGCUCCCCCUCCUCCUCCCCGGUCUCCCAAAAGUCGUCACCGGCGGCGGAGGGGGUUCAUCAGACGACGACCGCCGCGUUCGCUCGAUCCUUCGGCGUUUACUUCCCCCGCGCCUCCGGCCAGGUCCAGCCCCGCCCGCCCUACGUCGCUGAGCUGCUUCGCCUGGUGGAGGAGCUCCAGGAGGAGGAGUCCCGUCUCCGCACCCAGCUCCUGGAGCAGAAGCUCCUCAGGGAGACCGUCGCCAUCGUGCCCUUCCUCGAGAAGGAGAUCGCCGACAAGCGCGAGGAGCUGGUGCGGGCCGGUGACCGUAUCGAGCGCCUGGAGGGGGAGAACCGGGCCCUGAAGGACGAAGUCGAGGGCUUGAGCUCUGAGAUACGGAGCGGCGAAGAGGAGAACCAGCGGAGGGAGAGGAGGAUCAAUGAUCUCGAAAAAGAGUUGGACGAGCUGAAGAAGGCGGCUUCGGAGCAGGGCAAUGGGCGGCUAUGCGCCGGGACAGGGGAGAUGGACGAGUGCUCGUCGUCGCAGAGGUUCCAAGGCCUCAUUGACGCUUCCGCGAGAUCGAAUCUCCUCAAAAGCCUGCGCAAACCACCCAAAUCCGCCAACAUUGUUCCCAAUCAAGAGGUCCAAAGGCCAGAAUGCAGAAAUCCGAAGGCGGAUGGAGGGGUAAUCGAGGGGGUGCAUCAACAGCCUCACGGCGGCGACAAGGAAGAGGUCUUGAGACCCCGAGCAUCCAGGGUUCCAAAACCCCCGCCCACGCCUUCGAUGUCCUGUAACCCCUCGAACUCAUCUUCUUCGUCGUCUUCUUCCCAUACCACGUCCCGCGUCGCAACAAGCAAAGGCCCCAGCUUGGCGUGCCUCCCGCCGAUCCCGCCGCCAGCCCCACCGGUAAAAUCCACACCGCAAGGCGGAGCGCGGCCUCCUCCUCCGCCUCCACCUCCCCCGCCGCCAACGCUGGGGUCCAGGUCGGCGGCAGCAAGCGUGAGGCGGGUGCCGGAGGUGGUGGAAUUCUACCACUCCCUUAUGCGGCGGGACUCCAGGAGGGAGUCCUGCGGCGGAGUGCAGGAGGCGCCUCCCGCCGCCGCAUCCGUCUCCAACGCGCGCGACAUGAUCGGCGAGAUCGAGAACCGCUCCGCGCACCUCCUCGCCAUAAAGACGGACGUGGAGACGCAGGGCGACCUCAUUAGAUUCUUAAUCAAGGAAGUGGAGCACGCGGCGUUCGCCAACGUCGAAGACGUGGUCACCUUCGUCAAAUGGCUCGACGACGAGCUCUCCUUCCUGGUGGACGAGAGAGCGGUGCUGAAGCACUUCGAGUGGCCGGAGCACAAGGCGGACGCCAUGCGCGAGGCGGCCUUCGGCUACUGCGACCUCAAGAAGUUGGAGUCGGAGGCGUCGUCGUUCCGCGACGACCCUCGCCAGCCCUGCUCUUCCUCUCUCAAGAAGAUGCAGUCGCUCUUGGACAAAUUGGAGCGAGGUGUAUACAACCUUUCACGUGCAAGGGAAGCUGCCACGAAGAGGAACAAGGGGUUUGGUAUUCCUUGGGAAUGGAUGCUGGAGAGCGGAUACGUUAACCAGAUCAAGGUAGCAACAGGGAAACUGGCAAUGAAGUACAUGAAAAGAGUCUCUUCCGAGCUGGAGAUCAUAGCAGGCAACCCUGAAGAAGAGGAACUCAUGCUUCAGGGUGUUAGAUUUGCCUUCAGAGUACACCAGUUUGCAGGAGGUUUUGAUGCGGAAACAAUGCGAGCUUUCCAGGAGCUCAAGAACAAAGCUCGCACCCUCCACCUACAACUCCAAAAUCACAACCGGCAGAAGCUUUAUUGCAAGUCCACAUCCGGCUGCUAGGCAAUGCACAACCAUGCAUGCGUCUACGCCUGCAAAGGUAGCACAAACCCAUUUGAUCCAUACGACUUCAGCAAUCUAUUCACGUUACCUGAUACAGCACAGAAGCGUAGGCUAUUUGUUGCAAACUAGCAUUCAUUCACUCUCUGAUGUGAGCUCUUUGCGUGCCUAGUUUCCUCCUCUUCCCCACGCGUUCAUUGCCUGCCAUGGAUGGUUUCUUCUCUUUAUCCUUCUGUGUCCCCUCUCCAGGUUUUUACCAGUAGCCAAAUUUGAGGCUUAAAUGUUGAAUUCAAAACAGUUCAUCUUCUUCUUGUUCCGAGUACUAACAAACUGUUCAUAGGUGUUUUAGAUCGGAAAUGCAGAUCAAUAUCACCAAGCUCAAGGCGAUGAAUGAUGUAGUAAGUGCUUCUUGAGUCUUUAGGUAAUUACAAUAGCUUUCAUUACCUUGAACUCGGCAGCUGUUCCUCCAGCGUAAUCUUUAGCUCGCUCUCCUGUCUGCAUGGCCGUAUCCUUAGCUUGUCCUGGAUGCUGAUUUAGUUCCUCCAUUGCUUCCUUCGUUUCUUCCGUCUUCGAUACCAGUCUUUCCUACACCAGCAAUAGAGAUGUAUCCAACGUUUAAUGCUCUAUAACAAGUUUCAUAGACUUCCGCUUUA